CUUACAAAACUGACAUAGUACAGGGUCCAAUAGAGCAUUUUGUCAAUUAUAUUUAUAGUCAUUUAACCUGAUUUUCCAUAACUAGGGUGCUACUUAGAUGAAUUGAUCAGCAUUGUUGGGAUAGAAGGCAAGGAUGCAAUGAGGAAGUUCGCGAAUGAGGACGAGUAUAAGCAGUGGAUUAAACAAGGCAAUGGAUAUGACAACGGGUUUUCACUAUCCGACCUUCGAAGAGCUGAGACUCUGAAAGAUCUAGAUCUUCCUAUAGGCGCUCCGCCCGCGUAUCACUAUCAUUUUGCAGAUUUGUGCAUGUGUUACAGUCGUCAACUUUUAUCAACCAAUGGUAUGAACCUCGAUUCUUUUCCUGGUGAGGGUGGAGGUGAUGCAUGGCCGUUGGACUUAAAGGCACUCGGUAGUGCAGACAAUGAUCUUAUUCAAAUCAACGAUUUGGCUGAACUUGUUAUAAAGGAAUACAAUGAAGAGUCCAAUGUAUGCAUCUUUUCUUUGUGUGAUUAG